CCCUCUUAUACACUCUUCCUAGUCAUGGCUUCCAUCACACCUAUUUCUCAAUCCCAACCCCAUUUAAAGAAACCCCAGUUCAAUACACCAAAAAAGCUUCAAACCCAUUUUUUCUCCACACCCAUUACGCCAAACCCAGGUGCUAAUUCUAGAUUUUCAAUAAAAAAGAAGUGUUUCUUGGUGACUAAGAAGAUGGUGGUGGUUUCACCUACAAUGGCGGCGGAGAAACCCAAAAAAAGGUGUUCUGGUGAGGCUAUGGAGUUUGUGGAGGAGAUGAGGUUUGUGGCAAUGAAAUUGCAUACUAGGGAUCAGGCUAAGGAGGGUGAGAAGGAGCCAGAAGGACCGCCAUUGGCGAAAUGGGACCCAUCAAUUGUUGGAUAUUUGAGGUUCUUGGUGGAUAGUAAGUUGGUGUAUGAUACCAUUGAGAGGAUUGUGGAUAAAGCAGUUUUCCCUGAAUGUGAUAAGGGGAUAGCUUAUCCUUGA